AUGCCUUCUGGUUCAGUUCUCGUGACCGGUGGUACCGGAUAUAUUGGCUCCUUCACCACCUUGGCUCUGCUGGAAGCGGGCUACAAGGUCGUCGUUGCCGACAACCUGUACAACUCCUCCGCCGAGGCCUUGAACCGCAUCGAGGCCAUCUGCGGCAAGAAGGCCGAUUUCAUCCAGAUCGACGUCACCGAGGAGAAUGGCUUCGACAAGGCGUUUGAGGCCCACCCCGACAUUGACAGUGUCAUUCACUUCGCUGCACUGAAGGCUGUGGGUGAGUCUGGUGAGAAGCCCUUGGACUACUACAUGGUCAAUGUCUACGGCACUUUGAACCUUCUGCGCUCCAUGGUCAAGCACAAUGUCACCAACAUUGUCUUCUCCAGCUCGGCCACCGUCUACGGUGAUGCGACCCGCUUCCCCAACAUGAUCCCUAUUCCUGAGGAGUGCCCUCUGGGUCCCACCAACCCCUACGGUAACACCAAGUUCGCCGUGGAGACGGCCAUCACGGAUGUGAUCAACGCCCAGCGCAACAAUGCUCUCAAGGCCGGCAACGAGGCCGAGGCCAAGAAGUGGAAUGGCGCUCUCCUGCGCUACUUCAACCCCGCCGGUGCCCACCCCUCGGGCAUCAUGGGUGAGGACCCCCAGGGUGUCCCUUACAACCUGCUCCCUCUGCUCGCCCAGGUGGCCACGGGCAAGCGUGAGAAGCUUCUCGUCUUUGGUGACGACUAUGCCUCCCACGACGGUACCGCCAUCCGCGACUACAUUCACAUUCUGGACUUGGCCGACGGUCACCUCAAGGCUCUGAACUACUUGCGUGACCACAACCCCGGUGUCCGCGCCUGGAACUUGGGUACUGGCAAGGGCUCCACCGUCUACGAGAUGAUCAAGGCAUUCUCCGCCGCUGUCGGCCGGGACCUCCCCUACGAGGUUGCCCCCCGCCGCGCCGGUGACGUCCUCAACCUGACUGCCAAUGCCUCUCGCGCCAACAAGGAACUGGGCUGGACUCCCAAGUACACUUUGGAGAACGCCUGUGAGGACCUCUGGCGCUGGACCGAGAACAACCCUCAGGGGUACCGCCAACAGCCCCCCGCGGAGCUUCUUGCGGCGUUGAAGAAGUAA